AUGUCGGCUGCCGCUUUUGAACAGGCCACUCAGGACAUCCUGAAGCUGACCGUUCCUCUGACGAACACGGAGAAGUUGAACAUUUACGGUCUCUACAAGGUUGCCAAGGGCGAGAACAUCAACGCCACCAAGGCCCCUUCCUUUUAUGAGUUAGAGGCCAAAGCCAAGAGAAACGCGUGGCAAUCCCGCGUCGACGAGGGACUCACCCAGGAGCAAGCUCAACAGGAGUACGCCAAAACCGUCGAGGAACUCAAAGAGUCACACAUCUUCGACCCAAACAAGGUCCCGGAGAAGGUUCGCUCAUAA